AUGAUCUACAAACGACGAUUAAUGCUAUUGCUCGCCGCUGCCGCCAGGCGCGCCGCCUGCCUCCAGCAGGCCAGGGCAGCACGCUGCAGCCGGCGUCUCGCAGCUGCAGCCGUCGACGACGCGCAACUGGAAGCGUUCCGGGCCGCGGCCGGCUUCCAGGUCGACGCACCACCGAAGCGCAAGCGCGUCAAGCGGCUGCGCCACCACCGCAACCCGCUCUCCGCGGCCGCCACGCAACCGGCGGAAUUGGCGGAGGACUGGGCCCGAACAAUCUUCGACGACCGCACCCAACCUUUAACAGUAGACGUCGGCUGCGCGCUGGGCGGCUGGUGCGUCGAAUCCGCAAUCAAUGACGCGUCGCGGAACUUCCUCGGAUUAGAGUUGAGGCCCGAGGCCGUGGCAAGGGCGCAACAAAGCGCCCAGUCAUUAUCAAAUUGCGCCUUCCUCCAGUGCAACGCGAACGUUGAUCUGGGGCGAUUACUAGGCGACCUCGCGAACGCGGGCGCGCCGCUCGAACGUAUCUGUAUACAAUUUCCCGACCCUCAUUUCAAGAAGAAGCACCGGAAGCGGCGCGUCUGCACGCCGGAGCUGGCGGCGACAAUAUCAAGCGCGGUCUGCGCGUCUCCAGUGUCGGCGUCGGUCUACGUCGCGUCGGACGUCUUGGACGUCGCCGAGGAGAUGCGGGAGCGGUUUGCGGCGUGCGACGAGCUGCGGUUGGAAGGCGACUACGACGCUGAGGGGUGGUUGUGUGCGAGUCCGCUGCAAGUCCAGACGGAGCGGGAAAGGGCGGUGCUCGCGGGGCUUGGUUCUACCUCCACAGCUGAUUGUGUGUAUCGAGCGCUCUUCGUGCCCGCGUAA